UUCCUCAUAUCUUCUGUCCUCAAAUGGACGAAAUCGGCCUUACGAAGGGCCCCAUCGCCACCUCUACGAUUUCCCAGCGCCGGCUUCGAGAUCGUUCCUGCAUCAGAGCCUCUUGAGGAGGAGGACCUUGAACAGUUCUCUGCUAGCGCUUAUUAUCCGGUCGAUAUUGGAGAUGUAGUGGAAAAGUUGGGUUUUGGGUCCACAUCAACUGUAUGGUUGGCUAAAAAUCUCCAGUUCGUAUUUGAUUUCGUCUCUGAUUGCGUGAGUGCAUUGCUAAACAAGAACAAUUCAAGAGAACAUCUCCAUGUGGCCCUGAAAAUACAUAUACAAGGACAUACCGGUAAAGAAGAGUUCGAGGUAUCCAACAAGACUCUUCAAGGUGACUCUGCUCACCCUGGAUAUCAUCAUUUACGAACAGCUCGGGAAAUGAUUGUCCUGCCGCAUCCAAAUGGCGAUCACCAUUGCAUGGUCCAAAACCCAAUGUGGGACAGCUGGAUAGAAUUCUCCGCAGGAACCCUACACGUCGCUUCAAUCUACCGAUGCUCAAAGGGGGCCUUCAGCAGAUUCUACGCGUUCUCGAUUAUCUACACAAUGAAUAUCAAAGCGGACGAUAUUUUGCAUAGGAUUGCCGAUAAGAGCAUUCUUGAUACUUUUGUUCAAGAAGAAUUGACCGCCCCAUCGGCCCGAAAAACUGUGAAAGGCGUGACCCUUUACAAGUCAAGGCAGUUUCAUUUGCCAAAGCAUCUUGGCAUCGUCGUUAUGAGUGAUCUUGGUGCUGCUGUUAGGGGGGAUUUGAAGAGAAACCACGAUGCCCAGCCAGACGUAUAUCGAUCGCCCGAGGUGAUACUGGAGGUUCCUUGGAGUUAUCCCAUUGAUAUAUGGAAUGUCGGGGUCAUGAUAAGGGACAUUUUUGAAGGCGAACUUUUGUUUCAUGGCGUAGACUCGACGGACAGCGCGUAUUCCACUAGGGCACACUUGGCGGAAGUAAUUGGUAUGCUUGGAAUGCCUCCCCUUGACCUCAUUAAGCGUGGAUCCCGAAGCGACGAGUUUUCCACCGACGAUGGCCAGUGGAAAGCAGAUGUUCCGAUCCCUGCACAUUCAAGUCUAGGGGAGUCUGAAGAGAACUUAGAAGGGGAUGAGAAACAAGACUUUCUAAGGUUCAUGGGGGGAAUGCUGCAGUGGCGUCCAGAGGAUCGAAAAACGGCGAAGGAGCUACUCCAGGAUCCAUGGUUGUACAGC